GUUAUGUUUCGGUAUGGAUAAAGAAGAGGAGAGUUCUUAGUGUAGAUCCUAAGGAUUAAUUGUCUAGUAGUAUCUGGUAUGGACGAGUGACCUUUACUACGUAUAUAGUCUAUCUUAUUUGAAAGAAGAAGAAAUAAUUUGUGGGUCCGGCGCAAUAUUUACAAAUAUCCCCAAUUUGAAAACAAACAAAUUCGGUCAUCUGGUUGACGCAUGUACAUAUUGUUGUUUUCCGAUCUUGGGUAUGUUCCAUGGCCCAUUGAAAAAAAGAACAGGAAACCGCAGAUUAUUAAAAAAUUGUAUUAUAAAACUGGUUUCGUUUUUAUUUUAGGUUAAAUUCAAUGGAUUUCGUUUCGCUGAAGUAAAAUUUAUGCAACAAAUUUCUCUUAGCAUAUCACAUUCGGAACUGAUAGCAAAUGCCGCAAAUUUUAGCGAAAAAAAAAAUGAAAAACACAGACCUUAUUAACCUGCAUUCUAUGCAAAAGCCGGUGUUUGAUUGAUUUGAUAUCGGGUUAAGCGUGUUUAUAGUGUUUCUUUUGGUGGUUAUGGAACUUAGAUUGGUUUGAAAACCUUUUUUUUAAAGAAGUGGCAAGACAUUUGUUAGGCAAUGGGCAAGAGUAAAAGUUAAAAAACAUGAGUCAGUUUGUGACAAAAAUUUCUAAAAUCUUCUAUUGAUGUCGGAAAUGAGCGAAUGAUCUUAGCAGCCUUGUCCACCAUUUUUUUGCUAACCUAUAAAUGCAUCGAAUUUAACAUUAACCUAUACCAUAUGGUGUAGUGUCUUAAAGACUGCGCAAGCUUUCGAGAUGGGUAAAAAAUCCCAGAACCCCGCUGUCAAGAAGUUUAUUAAGGAAAAAUCGAAAGCAAAGCGCAGAGAAUCUAAACAAAAUCUAAAACAAAAAAGGGCACGUAUAGUGGUUCGAAAUUUAAGUUUUAGGGCUACGGUUUCUCAAAUUAAAGAGCAUUUUGAAAAAUUUGGUGAAAUAUUGAAUGUGGAAUUAUUGAAAAAAGAAGACGGCAAAUUAGUUGGAUGCGCAUUUAUUCAAUACAACUUGGUGCAGGCAGCUGCAAAAGCUAAACACUACACUCAUAACCAACCAUUUUUGGGCAGAAAUAUUUCUGUAGAUUUUGCAAAACCAAAAGACAAGUACACUAAAACCGUGAAUGAACAGAAGAAAUCUAGGAAUAUCGAACAAGCAGUUGAAAUUAAAGAUGAGUCACUAGUUGAAGUAAAAGAUAAAAUCGAAGAAGAAAAAUUUAAUAUAGAUAAUGUAAAAGAUGAAGUCCAUUCGGAAGCAGAUUCAGAGGAGUCUGGGCAAGAUGAGGUUGUGGAGGCAGAACCUGAAGUUCAAAAAAGGAUAGUUUCACAUGACGCCACCGAAGGAAGAACGGUAUUUAUUAAAAAUGUUCCCUUCCAGGCAACUAAUGAGGACGUCAAAGAGUGUAUGUCGCAAUUUGGACGAAUCUUUUAUGCCCUAGUUUGCUUAGAUAAGUUGACGGAACAUUCAAGAGGAACAGCCUUUGUGAAAUUUGUCAAUAAGGAAGAUGCGGAGAAAGCAUUGAACGCUGGCACCGAAUUGACUCUAUUGGGAAAUGUUUUGGAUUGCCAUUUAGCGUUAGAUCGUAAUGAACUCCAGAAGAAGGUGGAAGCCCAAAAGGAAGAGAAGUCGAAACCAAAGGAUUCUAGAAAUUUGUACCUUGUUAAGGAAGGAGUAAUUUUGGCCGGGACAAAAGCAGCCGAAGGGGUUUCAGUUAGCGAUAUGGCGAAACGGCUACAGCUGGAGCAAUACAAAACCCAGAUGUUACGUAAAUUAAACACUUUCGUGUCAAGGGAACGCCUCGUUAUACACAAUUUGCCUCCCGCAUGGGAUGACAACAAGUUAAAAAUGUUGGUAAAAAAGUAUGCUGGCGAGGGGGCUGUGAUAAAGGAGGCUCGUGUUAUGCGUGAUAUGAAACGUUUAGAUGCUAAAGGCGUGGGGCCAUCCAAAGAAUACGGGUUUGUUACUUUUACAAAACACGAGAACGCUCUGCUCGCGUUACGAGCACUGAAUAACAAUCCCAACAUUUUUUCACCGCAGAAGAGGCCUAUAGUUACGUUUAGUAUAGAAAGUAAGUCGGCGAUCAAAGCCAAAUUGAAGCGGCUCGAAAAGUCUAAGAUAUCCAACCCGAAAUCGAAGAAUUACGUUGCCCCCAAACGAGGACAGGAAGCGGAUACCCAGUCGGAGCAGGAAUUGGAAGAUUUUGCUGGGGUGACGUCUAAAAGGGGUCACAUACCUAAAACGAGGGCCAGGUACAAACUCAACGUUCAGGCUAAAUUACAUUACGAGAAUGUGAAAAAAGAAAAACGGCAACAAAAAAUGGCCAAGCAAUCUUUGCAGCAAAAGAAGGAAGAUUUCAUAAGGCAGCCGGGACAAAAAAUUAAAAAGAAAAAGAUAGUGGAAGAUAACUUUGCGAAAUUGGUUAAUGAAUAUAAAAAUAAAAUUACGGAAGCAAAUGUAAUUAAGAAAAAAAAAUGGUACGCAUAAAUUGCUUAUUUUCUAUA